AUGCCGGGGAACUUGGAUUUACCCGUGCGAGUUAGACCAUGUUUUGUAGCUUUGACAUUUGUUAUUAUGCUUCUCUUAUCACUUCUAGGCUUUACGGACUUGGCUCAUGAGAUAAUCAAUGACAAGCUUGAACAUUUUCUGGCACUCGGGACUGCAACAGCACUUUUCUACCUAAUAUUUGACGUCGAAGAAGACGCAAGGAGAAUUUGGAUUUGGAGACAUUUUUCAAUAAUCGCCACUCUUGUAAUGUGUUUCUUAUUUGGUGGGAUUGUGAGCGAAAUAGUCCAGUCGUUCUUCCCAAACAAAACAUUCCAAGCAGGCGACAUUAUGGCCAACUUACUGGGAUCAACCGUGGGAUUGUACGUUGCUUACAUGAUCGAACGGCACCAUCGUCACAGGCGAGAAAUAGCUCGCUUGUAUCAGCCUCUCAAUGCGGGCGAGCCAUCCCCGACCUCUUCAGAAGAAGACUUAUCACUUCCUUUACACGCCAAUCCAUCCAAGUCAAACACAAAACCAAAAGGUGGCGCUCGAGUUGGAAAUGUAUGGGACCAUCAUUCCAGGGAGGAGCUUUUUGGGAUCGGAGAGGACGACAUGAGCGACAAUGAAAACGGAAACAGGAGAUGA